AUGACGACGCCAGAGUUGUUCCAGGAGUCCCUGCUGCAGAUCCUGACGCAGCAGCAGCAGCUGAUCGCUCAUCUAUCUCAGGAGAUGUCAGCAACCCAAAAAUGCCUAAAGGAGUUCUCCCGCGAUGACGUAGCACUGGAUGCACUAGCCGGCAACAUCACCGAAUUUCGAUACGCUCCGGACGAAGGGUGCACUUUUGAUUCAUGGUAUUCACGUUACGAGGAGCUAUUCGAUAAAGACGCCAGUAAGCUAGACGAUUCCGCCAAAGUUCGACUCCUUAUGAGGAAACUCGACCCAGCGGCGCACGAGCGGUACACAAGUUUCAUACUCCCAAAACUGUCCAAGGAGUUUGGCUUCACCGAAACUACCGCGGAGCUAAAAGCGCUUUUCGGAUCUACCGUCUCGAUCUUUCAUCAGCGGUAUCAGUGCUUGCAGACCGUCAAAGAUGAAACAGAGGACAUCGUGUCAUACUCCUGCAAGGUAAACCGUGCUUGUGUGGAUUUAAAACUUGCCGACCUAUCCGAGGAGCAAUUUAAGUGCCUAGUUUUUGUUUGUGGCCUCAAGUCCUCGAAGGACUCCGAUAUUCGGAUGCGGCUGAUCACGAAGCUGAACGAAUCGUCAGAGAUAACGUUGGCGAAGAUCGUGGAGGACUGCAGAGCCCUGACGAACCUCAAAAACGAUACCGUGCUGGUAGAAAAACCUUCAGCAACAGUGCGAGCUGUGAAGCACAACACCAACAAACCUGUCAAGCCGUCACGUCAUUCAUCGGCUGCUGCGGGUAAUGGAACCAGGGCAGAUCAGCCACGUUCUCCGUGCUGGUCGUGUGGAGGAGUGCACUAUUCGAAGGACUGCCAGUUUCGGGGUCAUCAAUGCCGAGAGUGCGGAAAGAAGGGGCAUAAAGAGGGCUACUGUGCCUGCUUCGCUGCAAAAUCAUCAUCUGGCGAUGCGAAAAAGAAUGCACGGAGCCAGAAGUCAACCAAGGUGGUCUCCGUAAACACAGUUAGCCGGGGGAGGAAAUUUGCGGAGUUGCGGAUAAACCAUGUUCCGGGCCGACUACAAGUUGAUUCGGCGUCGGACAUCAGCAUUAUCACCGCCGAAAUGUGGAAGAAGAUUGGAGAACCAGAAACAUCUCCGCCUUCUUGCCAAGCGGUGACAGCAUCCAGAGAACCGCUAAACAUCGCAUCCGAGUUCUGGUGUGACGUAUCAAUCAACGGUGUCUCCAAACGAGGUUUGUGUCGUGUCAUGGUUCCGGAAAUUUCUCUAUCAGUUCUAGGUGCCGACUGGAUGGACAACUUCGGCCUAUGGGACGUUCCAAUCAACUCGUUCUGCAACCAAAUCAGUAGCCAGUUCCAACCAGGCGUAGGGGCAAUUCAAUCAAAGUUCCCUGACGUCUUCACCAGCAGUAUGGGACUGUGCUGCAAAACCAAGGUCAAUCUACCACUACGAGGAAAUCCUAGGCCGAUAUUCCGGCCGAAACGUCCCGUGUCCUACAGCAUGGAGGGAGCCGUCGAAGAGGAAAUCCAACGACUACAUCAACUUGGCGUGCUAAAACCGGUUGAUUACUCCGAAUGGGCGGCGCCAAUAGUGGUCGUUCGGAAGCCAAACGGACGGAUUCGCAUCUGUGCGGAUUUCUCUACUGGUUUGAACGACGUCCUCGAGCCGAACCAAUAUCCGCUACCGCUGCCUGAGGAUAUUUUUGCGAAGAUGUCGGGGUGUCGGUAUUUCAGCCAUAUCGACCUAUCCGAUGCCUACCUACAGGUCCAGGUGGAUGAAAGCUGCCAAAACCUUCUCACCAUCAACACUCACAAGGGGCUCUAUCAGUUCACUCGCUUGUCUCCUGGCAUCGAAUCAGCUCCGGGGGCGUUUCAGCAACUGGUAGACGCAAUGCUCGCUGGACUCAAAAGCACCAGUGGGUACUUGGACGACGUCUUGGUGGGUGGCCGAACAGAGGAGGAGCAUAAUCGAAAUCUUGAGCUGGUUCUUAAUCGUAUCCAGGAGUACGGAUUCACCGUUCGAAUCGAGAAAUGCAGCUUCAGCAUGCGUCAAAUCAAAUAUCUGGGACAGAUCUUGGAUAGCGAUGGCAUUCGACCGGAUCCAGACAAGGUCGCCGCCAUUGCCAACAUGCCACCACCAAUCGAUCUGCCGUCGCUGAGAUCGUAUUUAGGAGCCGUAAAUUACUAUGGCAAGUAUGUUCCUGGAAUGCGGAAGCUACGGUAUCCCAUGGACCAACUCCUGAAAGCCGGAACCAAGUGGGAAUGGAACAAGGCGUGUCAAGAUUCUUUCGAUCGCUUUAAGGAACUGCUGAUGUCUCCGCUGGUGCUGACCCACUACAAUCCUCAAUUGGACAUCGUGGUGUCUGCCGACGAAUCUUCAAUCGGUAUCGGGGCCAGAAUCGCACACCGGUUUCCCGACGGCACCGUGAAGGCAAUUUGUCACGCCUCCAGAAGCCUAACCCCAGCCGAAACAAAUUACAGCCAGAUCGAGAAGGAGUGGUUGGCCUUGAUCUUCGCUGUAACGCGCUUCCAUCGAAUGCUUUUCGGAAGACACUUCACGCUGCAACGUUGGGCGCUGACUCUUCUCCUUUACGACUUCUCCAUCGAAUACGUGUCGACCGAUAGUUUUGGUUAUGUAGAUCUUCUAUCGAGGCUGAUAAACACCCACAUUCGGCCUGAUGAGGAGUACGUGAUAGCAUCGAUCGAGCUGGAAAAUACGUUCCACAAUGUCGUUAAUCAAUCGCUGGAAGUCUUCCCGCUCACAUUCAAGUCGAUCCAGGCAGAAACCAGAGCGGAUCCGGUCCUCCAAAAAGUGCUUCAGCACGUCCAGCAAGGCUGGCCGACCAAGAAGACAGACGUCACCGACUCAUACCAGCAAUUCUAUCUUCGUAAAGACGGACUGUCAGUCAUUUCCGGCUGCCUUCUCUACGGUGAGCGACUGGUAAUUCCUUCGAAGUACCAGAAGAAGGUCCUCCAGUUGUUGCACAAGGGCCAUCCAGGUGUCGAGCGAAUGAGAGCGGUGGCACGUAGCUACGUAUACUGGCCUGGAAUCGACGCGUGCAUUGCUAAACUUGUUUUUUCCUGUACCGAGUGUGCUCGGGCUGCCAAAACCAACACUAGAACCAACUUGGAGUCCUGGCCCGUACCCGAAAAGCCCUGGCAGAGACUGCAUAUUGAUUACGCUGGUCCUGUUGACGGUUGGUACUACCUCAUCCUGGUCGAUGCGUACUCGAAAUGGCCGGAGGUCGUCCGAACUUGUCAAACGACAUCACCAGCUACCAUUGAAAUUCUGGAGAGCAUCUUCGCUCGCUUCGGAAACCCGGAGACACUGGUUAGCGACAAUGGACGCCAGUUCAUCAGCGGGCAGUUCGAGGGGUUGUGUGACACCAAAGGCAUACUGCACCUGAAGACGCCACCUUUCCACCCACAAUCCAAUGGACUUGCAGAAAGAUUCGUUGACACGUUCAAGCUAACUCUCAAGAAAAUUACGGCGGGAGGAGAGGGUCUCACCGAAGCAAUCAACACCUUCUUGUUAUGCUACCGUUCUACGCCCUGCCGAAGCGCUCCCGAGGGAAAAUCACCUGCCGAGAUAAUGCUUGGUAGAACGAUACGCACUUCGCUCGAUCUGCUCAGACCACCAACUGCAUUUCACAAAACAGAUCACUCCAAGCAGGACGACCAGUACAACCGCAAGCAUGGAAGUAAAGAAAUCAGGUACAAUUCUAAGGACCUGGUUUGGGCCAAGGUCUUCAAGAACAACAGUUGGAGCUGGGAAGCUGGUCAGAUUCUCGAACGCAUUGGGAACGUGAUCUACAACGUUUGGUUGGAGCAUAAGAAGACGCUAAUUCGAUCGCACUGUAACCAACUCCGUAAGCGAUGUGAGUCGGAUGAAGCCGAAACAGCUAAUGAGAGGCAGCCUACGCAAGUCCCACUCGACAUUCUACUAGAGUCAUGGGGCCUGGAUCGAAGUUCAGCAGACGAAACUGAAUCGAUCUUCCAAUCGAAUCCGUAUGCGCCUCCCGGAAACAAGCCAGUGCAACCAGAGGGACUGCCCCCGAACUCUAAUCCUCGCCCUAACCGGAAACAGAAACUGCAACGUCAACCAUCAGUAACUCGCCAAUCCUCGCGCAGCCGGAGGCGUCCCGUGAGAUACCAUCCAUCUGUACCAUCUGUACUACUAAAAGGGGGAGGUAUUGCAGGGACCACCCUAGCUGCGACAAGCGUUACCCAAAACGCAAUUACCAUCCGUCAGAGUGAUAGACGUCCGGAUGUGGCUAUGUCAUCGUAA